AUCGCGCUGACACCUUCUUCCUCGCGACAAAAAUGGCGGCUCCUUUAACACUCCUGCUGAUAGUGGCUGUUACAAUAAGAGCCGUUUUAUUCCGAUCCAGUUUGGCAGAAUUAAUUUCAGAGAGGGUCGAGGUGGUGUCGCCUUUGAAUGCGUGGAAACGAGUUGUAGAGGGUCUUGCCUUGUUGGAUCUGGGGGUCUCGCCUUACUCAGGAGAUGUGUUUCAUGAAACACCCCUUAUGAUAUACCUCUUUCAUUUUACGGUCGACUAUGCAGAGAUUGUUUUUAUGAUAGCAGAUGGAAUCACAGCGGUGGCUCUUUAUCUCUCAAUUCAGACUUAUAACAAGAAUGUGUUUAGAAAACAGAAAUAUGCCUUGGAAUCGGACCGGUAUCCCGCCGACUGUUUGGAGCUCCUCCGCUCUCCGAAGGAAAUGUUCUACAUCCCCCUCAAGGUUGCCAUGUUUUAUCUGUUAAACCCCUUCACCAUCCUGUCUUGUGUGGCAAAGUCAACUUGUGGGCUGAACAAUGCCAUUAUUGCUCUCUUCAUUUUCUGUACAUUAAAAGGUAGUGCCUUGUUGAGUGGGAUAUUGUUGGCCUUGGCUACAUAUCAGUCCAUCUAUCCUCUGACCUUAUUUGCUCCUGCACUCCUAUUCUUCCUGCAGAGGUUAUAUAUCCCAGUGAACCUGAGGAGGAGUAGUUUCUGGUGCUUCACUCUUCAGUAUGCGUUCAUAUAUGUGGGCAGUCUGGUGGUGAUCACUGGACUCUCUUUCUUCCUCCUGGGCUCCUGGGACUUCAUCCCUUCUGUCUAUGGAUUCAUAUUUUCUGUUCCAGACCUGACUCCAAACAUCGGACUCUUCUGGUACUUCUUUGCAGAGAUGUUUGAGCAUUUCCGUCUCUUCUUCAUCUGCGUCUUCCAGAUCAAUGUCUUUUUUUACACCAUCCCGCUCUCCAUCAAACUCAAGGAGCAUCCAGUGUUCCUCAUCUUCAUGCAGAUUGCCAUCAUCUCCAUCUUUAAGUCGUACCCUACUGUGGGAGAUGUCGCCCUCUACAUGGCAUUUUUGCCAGCCUGGAGUCACCUUUACCGAUUUUUGAGGAACAUCUUUCUGGUGUCGUGCGUGCUGUUGGCAUGCUCCGCUCUCUUUCCUGUGCUCUGGCAUCUGUGGAUAUACGCUGGCAGUGCCAACUCUAAUUUCUACUAUGCCAUCACAUUGCUCUUCAACUUCGGACAGAUCCUCCUGGUAUCAGAUUAUUUCUACGCCUACCUGCGUCGAGAACAUCACCUGACACACGGCCUCUAUCUAAAGAAGAAAGAUGGCACUGAAGCCACUCUAGUGUUAAAGUGACCUUCUUUCGUAGAACUUAGAGAUCUCACCGACUGCCUCACACCCCCAUAUCUUUGCUUUUUUAAUUUUCCAUUCACACUACAUUCUUUUUUUCUCCAGUUUUUUUUCUCUCUCACCUCAAUUUGCCUCUCCUUGCUUUUUUCCCCAUUACUUUCUUUUGCACAUUUGAGCAUUUUACCUCAUGUUUGAAUGUUGACACCACCUCUUGGACCAAAGCUGUUUUGUACGAGACUUUUUGAUAAUGGGGGCCGAAUGAAGGUAUCUGAGUGAUACAGAACUUUACUAUUUCGGCUCCCAUGAGAUGGGUACAAAGUUAUUUUCACUUUUGAUUUGCUUGUCUUUCAUUGUUUCGAAAGAUUUGCUUUCUUUAUUAAACUCCAUUCAAAAAGUUGAGGUUGUUUGGCUGGACUUGUAGUUUGAAGUCGUGGUCAGCAGAGGGCAUAACAUGAAUGUGGAGACUUCAGAGGGCCAAAACUGUAGAAUCCGAUAUGAAGAGGCGGUUAUGUUCAAAUGUUCUCUGAAUGCUUUUCUUGGUUCUUGUUUUUUUAACCUCUUAAUAAUGCAAGAGGAAUUAAGACUUGCUUAAAUACUCAGAUUUGGUACUUUUUGUACAACAAUUUUGUUUGUUUGUUUUAUGUUCUUACAAAAUGAGGGAUUAAACUGCACUGCAAUUUUAUUUAUUUUUAAAUGGGCCCUGGUUCGAAUUGGGUUUAUUGUUCUGUUUUAUGAUUCCUUUGGGAUUAGGAAUUAGCCGCCUGGAUUUACUUUGAUCCGUGCUUUUGAUCUAACACCAGGGCACGUGAACCUAUCGAUUGCACACCUGUAUAACCCCUCCCUCUUGUGGUUAGACCUUCCUUUUAGUUCUUAGAUGGUGGAAUUUUCCAUUGCCUGUAUCGUUUUCAGACAUUUCUAAUAAUCCGCCCUUUGACCAGAAGACGCAAACAUCCGGGUGGCUUUGAUAAUGAGGUCAGCUGUUUCAAAUCUAGUGUGUGGAAGUCAUCUCUAAAGUCAUAAAGAUGUAGAUGCUGAAGGUUUACAAAUAUAUGCUUGCCAUUUUAUUUCCACAUGCACUGACAUACCUUAUCGUACCUUAUGUUGACCUUAAAUGACAUAACGCAAAUGGAUUUCCUAAAACGACUAAAUUAAUUAGUUGUUAAAUGUUUAACUAACAAUGAAAGUAUUUUAUAUCAUGCUGUAUAUUAACCAAGAAACUGUUAGCAGGAAGAUUUUAAAAAAUCAUUCUUAAUUCUUUUUUUUUUUGUCCUGAUAUUGAGUAAAAACAAGCAAAAUUAAGAUAAGACUCGUUUUCACAGAAUACAUUUUCAGUUUGCUUCUCUUCCCACAUUGGCAAUUUUUUUUUUUUUAUGCUUAAAACAAAAACAAACAUCAGUAAUGUAAGAAAGAAAAAAAAUGUUUUAUAUCUUGUACAAUUUUAAAGUAAAUUUAUUUUGUUUUGACACUAAGAUAUUGUUACUGGACAACAAGACAGAAAGACGGAUUCAGACAACUUUUUGGGGAGUAUAAUACACAGCAUUUUGACUGAAACUACUGACUGCAGUUGUUGUACUAGCCAGUACCAUUUUCUUUCUUUCAGUCCUCAUGGGAAUUAUUUAUUGUGUUGUUUUGAAUUCAUUUUUCUACUCCAUUUUACUUUGGAUGAACAACAGACUAAAGUUCAUAAAUGUGCUUUUUGGUACCAAGUUAAAAACAUUUGAAUGGCCAGCGAAAUGUGAACAUGUCUGUGGUUGGCACGAUUAAGGGCUUCUCUCCUGCUCGCAUCGGAGAUGUACACUGAAGUAUUACACAUUACGUGACCUCCAUUUCACAUUACUCAUGGUUCCCCUUUCAGCCUGAAAGGAACGUUUGGGCCAUUUUGGAUGUCACAACACUGAUUUGUAAAUGAUGUGGUGAUUAAAAUGCCAAUAAAGAUAAU